GUCUUGGGAAGGAGGUUGGACUCUUUCGGCGGAUGGGGGCGCCUCAUCGCCAUGUGAGGGAGACGGAUCACUGUGGACGUGUUCGAGUAUGUGUGGACGUGUUGUGUAUGUGAACGUGCGUGGGCUUUCCCGGUAAGAAGUAGUAGUCUUCCGCAUAAAUGGGCACAAGCGAGUGGAAACAAAAGGGACUCCAGCUUAAAUCUAGUGAAGAAGACUUGAAGUGAAUUGCGUGCGUGUAGAUGAGCAAGUUGUGCAGUCGUGGAGAAAAAAAAAAAAAACUCCAUCUACUCCUUGCAGGAUUCCAUCGUGACGCUUCGUGCAAAGGAGCUCUGCAGAUGUGCGUGCUGAUCUCCUUCCAGCCGUGACUGCUCCCAUGCCAGUGUGCUGACUCUGACUUUUCCACUCUCUUUUUCGAAACCGGAGAAGAGACAUCGGAGCCGUCUGAUAUUCCAAUGCGAGCGGGUUAGAAAAGCUCUUCCUCUGUUGACAUUUGUGUGCGACACACAUUUAAACACACAUGAAUAUGCUCUGCAUGUAUGAAGGCUGUGGUGAGGAACUUGGAACAAGGCAGAGCUGUGGGCUGCUUCUUUCGCAGGCUCCUCCUACUCCUGAAUCCUCCCUGCUGCAACAUGCAGGCUCAUGUUCACUGUCUGUAUGCUAUUUAGGUGGCUCACAUAUUCGUUAGACUACAUACGUUCUGGAUAACUCAUAAUCUUUUUCAUCUUCAUGGAAUCAUAUCUCAUCGAGACAUUUUGGACAAUUGUUUGUUUUCGGCAACAGAAUGCAGAAGAGCCUAUUCUGUCAAGUCCUUAGAAGCACAUUUGGAUGAAUUUUUAUGUGGAAGAAUUGACCUCAACGCAAUCGAGCACCUUUGCAAAGCAUCAUGGCGGCGGCGUCCUCAGCCUCGUCCGGCCUCCUGCUCUUCCUCCUCACGUCCUCCCCGGCCUGGCUUUCGUCUCCGGCCUCGGCCUUUGACACCGACUGGCACCACAUGACGCCAUCAGCUCCCGCGGAACCUCACUUUACUAAGUGUUCAUCCGGAGACCAGGUGACGUUCAGCUGCUGGUGGAGUCCAGGCAGUUUCAACAAUCUAUCAGACCCUGGAGCGCUGAGGGUCUUCUAUCAGAAACGAGAUAUAGGCUCCUCCACCAAGUACGAAUGGAAAGAGUGUCCAGAGUAUUUCUACUCGAGGCGGGAGUGCUUCUUUGAUAGAAACCACACAGCCAUUUGGACCACCUACUGCAUGCAACUUCGCAGCCGAGACAACGUUACCUAUUUCAACACAGAUGACUGCUUCUCCGUGGAAAACAUUGUACGUCCUGACCCUCCAUUGGCUCUCAACUGGACCUGCCUGAAUGUGAGUCCCUCUGGGCUCACUUACGACGUCAUGGUGACGUGGGAGCCGCCUCCCUCUGCAGAUGUCAAAGUUGGAUGGAUGAACAUUGUCUACGAGGUCCAGUACAGGGAAAAGAACAGCACCAACUGGGAGGCACUGGAGGUUCAGCUGGAGCCACAAACUCAUCAAACAAUCUAUGGACUCCUUGUAGAAAAAGUGUAUGAAGUGCACAUCCGCUGCAGGAUGAAAGCCUUCUCCAAGUUUGGAGACUUUAGUGAAUCUGUUUUCAUUCACAUCGCCGAAAGUCCUAGCAAAGAUUCAUUUUCCCUGCUUACAUUGGUUAUUGUUUUGGGAGUCGUAGCUGCCGUCAUACUCAUCAUGUGGAUUGUGGUAUCACAACAGCACAGGUUAAUGGUCAUUCUGUUGCCACCGAUUCCAGCGCCCAAAAUUAAAGGAGUGGAUCCAGAGAUGUUAAAGAAAGGGAAGCUGGAUGAGCUGAACUUUAUCCUGAGCCAUGGAGGUCUGCUUGGCGGCCCCAUGUACUCGCCAGACUUUUACCAAGAUGAACCAUGGGUGGAAUUUAUCGAAGUGGACGUGAAGGAUCCAGACACUGGGGAAAAGGAGGACAACCAGUCUUCGGACACCGAGAGGCUCCUCGGGGGCUCUCAGCCUGGCAGACACCGAGCGGGCUGCUCCAACGCUCUCGGCUUUCCUGAUGUCGAUGGCGACAGCGACCGCCCUGAUGACCCGAAUGUUCCCGACGAAGACGACGACACGCUCACGUCCACGCUGUUGCCGGGCCAACCCGAUGACAGAGAAGCCUCAGAAGGCUCUCCGGUGCCUUCUCAAAGCGCAACUCCUCAGACUUGGGUCAACACAGAUUUCUACGCCCAGGUCAGCAAUGUGAUGCCCUUCGGGGGGGUGGUGCUGUCCCCUGGCCAGCAGCUACAAACCCAGGAGGGCAAGUUGGCCUCAAAGGAAGAUGCAAAGAAAGGCGGGGAGGAGGAGGAGAAGAAGCAAAAAGCGCUUCAGUUUCAGCUCCUGGUUUUGGAACCGGAUGGCGAGAACAGCAGCCGACAGAUGAUCCCCUCGCCUUACUGCGCCAUGCCCGACGAGCCCCACCCGCCCGUCGAGCCUCGGCUGACCGAAGCCUGCGAGUCGCCUUACAUCUCACCCGACUCCCCCCAGGCUCAGCUCUUUGCCCCCGUGGCGGACUACACGGUGGUACAGGAGCUAGACAGUCAGCACAGUGUUCUGCUCGACCCGCCUCCCGUCCAGUCGGCGCCGUUGUGCCUAUCACAGCACCCCCGCAAAGCCCUCCCCGCUAUGCCCGUGGGGUACGUCACCCCAGACCUCCAGGGGGUGCUUUCACCUUGAACGCAACACCUUAAGACCAGAAGGUUUGCAGACUUUUGCUGGAGGCAAAUUGACUCGCAGCGAGCCGGGAGGGGACUUGAACGUGCGCCCCCCGCUGUCUUACAUCCACGUCGGCAAAAUGUAUUUCACGCACUUUGUGUUCUGUUUCCCUGUAAACGGCGGAGGAGAGACAUUUUUAUAAAAGCAAUCAGUUUACCGCUUGCGUAUCUUUAGCAAAUUGCCAAAGUCUUGACAGUCUGCUUCAAAGACGACAGAAGAAGCAUGCGCCAUCGUUUACUCUUCGUAGUGUGCAUCAUUGACACAACUUUGUGUGCUUACACGAGAUAUAGAACUAUGAAUAUUCUACUCAAACAGCGUAAGAAGCUAGGAUAUAUAAAAAAAAAUUGCUACAAUAAUUGUUUUUGUCAUUGCGCAUUGUUCACAUGCUGGCCAAAUUUUGAGACAGUGACUUUAUUUGUUGGAUUUGUGAAUGUUCAUUCGGAGAUGAGUGAAAACUCGAUGGAAACAGACGAUGCGACAACUAAUCCUGUCAAAAAGUUUGCUAAAGAAUACUUUAGCACCAUAAUCUGUAGUGCAUUUUCUCUCAUAGUGACAAACAAUAUAGGACAGAAGUCCGCUGUGAGGCGUUCAGUGACACUAAGGAAAUUGCAUAAGCGCAGUUUAUGGCCAGAAAGGAGUUUCCGCCUUUUGAUCUUGACCUCAUUUUGAUUUCAAUCCAUAGGAAUCACGUAAACUGGACUUUAAAUCAGAAGGAUUGCUUUACCACAAUAAGUUUCUCUACAUGUAGCUGAUUGACACACACGCACACAAACAACUAGUAGCAGCUCAACUACUACCCACUUAAAAUGUUAUUUGAAAUGUUUUCAUGUAUGUUUAUGUCAAAUAAUUCAGGGAUGGCGAAGGGAUCGAGUCGAAAGAAUGUGAAGGUGUGUCCUUAGGUGUGACUAAACACAGUGUUAGCAAUCGCUUUUUUUACGGUUGUGUUAAAUGUUUGUCGUGCCUGUGUUGAUGUAUGUUUAACUCCUCAUGAUCAUAAAAAUGGUAUUUACACUCGGCUAGGGAAUAAUUGCAAAAUUGCAUGACUGCGUACGUGAUCAUAAAAUACAUAAAAGGCUAUAAUUUCGCAAAUGUGAAUUAAAAGUUAGAGAACUUGCAAAAGGGAUACACCCCCCCUUUUUUUUUCCUAUUUUAAUUUUUAAAUGUGCUAGAACGUGGGGUGACUUGGGAAUGGAAAACUUGAAAAGUGUUUCACUAAUACUACACCCGUUAGGUGACAACAGAGAUAAGUUCUAUUUUAUUGGGAAGACAAUGAAAAUAUAUUUAGAUUUCUAUAUAUUUAGAGAUAGCAAAUAUAUUGCAGCCCGGUACUUUUGCAUUUGUUGAAGAUUAAUUUAAGGGAGAGCUAGCAUUAUUGUACCGUUCAUUUAUAUUUGUUGGGGAAAAACCUCCAGAGCUCACAAUGCUGCUACCAUUGCGCAUGUGUGCGUGCGCUUAUGUCAUCUGCAUCUUGGUGAUGAAUGAACAGUGAUACAAAGAAAAAAUUUCCGUCGUAUGGAAAAGAUUCUCUAAAAAAAAAUAGAUGAAAGUUUCCUGCAGGGAAACCCGGUGUGUGCAAACUGGAACGCAAUCAGUGACUAGCAGUCGAGCGGUCAUUUCUUCAAGCUUUGUGUGGAGGCGUUAACUGCGAUGUAAUUGUAAAAUGCACCCGUGUAAAAUUACCAGCUCACAAUGAGUUCAUUCUUUACGUAGUGCAGAUUUUUUUAUUUUUUUUUAUGUUACAGACACUUUAUGAGCACUUUGUACAUGUAUGUUAGACAUCAACAUUGCGUGAGAAUUUAGUUAGAUUUUAUUCAAAUGGUAGAGUUUACUUUUAUUGUCUUAUUUUGAAUUAAAUAUUUCCCGAAUGAUAGAUUAUGGGAAAAUGUGUUUUUGUUUUUUAAUGGCACUUGUCAACUGGUGGGUGUCAGAUAGCUAGUAGAAAAAGUUGCUUGUAUUCAGAUUUUUAUUUUUUUCCGUUGCAGUACGGAGGCAAAGCUACCAAGGUCCCACACGGAUUAAGAAAGGGACAAGAAAUGUUGCUUCCUCAUGUUCUAGGGACAAGUUCACUCUGUAAACCAAAAUGCAACUGCCUCUGGCUGGCUGACCUCCAGGCUUGCAAUAUGCUUUUGGUGGUACAUCAUUGUUUUCAUAGGCUAUAUUUAAACCCCCUAAAAUAUUGUUCUUAACUUUAACAAUAGGAAACUGUGGGACAGCAGCUGAGAAUCACUCUUCAUGAUCUUUUAUUUUUAGGAUUUCAUCUUCCAAAUUGCUUGUCCUCACAAAGGUCAAGGGUGUUUUUUCGAAAACACCAGGGAGUUUGUUGUUGGCUGUUGGUAUAAUUUUAUAUAAUUAUCAGAUACAUUCUCAUUCAAAUAAAAAAUAGCUUUAUAUAGUAUAGUAAGUAUGCAGUCAGAUAUUUUAAGGUGUCUAUAAAUCAUUUUAUAAUUUCCCAAGUGUAAAUGUAUUUUAUUUUGAGGGGAGGCAUGUUUUUGUAACAUUGUUUAUUCCGACUUAAUUCUCCUAGCAACAUGUACAUCUUCAGAUGUUUAAAUGAUAAUUAGACUCACUAUAUUGAGUUUAGUCUAGUUUUUUUUAAUACUAAGACAAUGAGAAACCUUUAUUAUCAACGAGCUUCAAUUUGAAGCUACAGCCUGCGUUUAAACAUGGAAUUUUACACAACCAGAUUGAUGGAAUCAUAAACUGUGAGCUAUGUGUUAAUUUGCAUAGAAGAUGUAUGAACAGCUUGAGGUAGGUGCUAUAAGCCACUUUCACGCUGUCUGUUAAAGCUGGCAUUUUCUCGUCCUUGCAGCACUAUCAGAGGUGUGAUGGGGUGGAAGUGGGGGGGUUCUUAAAUAUGAUGUUUCAUAUCACAAUUAUGUGAUUGUGUCUAUAAUCCUGCUUUUUGUGUAAAAAGCUUUGAUGCAACAGGUUCUUCUGUGUAAAAUUGGCUUUAGUUUUAAUGCUUCCACUGCAAACAAUCUUGUGUUCCUACUGCUUUGCCAAAAUGAUGAUUAUUUCCCUGUGGCGGGCAGGCUGACUCACUGCUUGGUAUUCAGUUUUUAGUUGUUGUUUCAUAAUUUAGUCCAACAGACCCAUACGCCAUACAGGGUUCAUCCUCGGCAACAUUGUUUAUCCAAGUUCAGCGGUGUCUUGGCUUAAGUUUAAUUCAAUCAAAUCACCCAUUGACGUAAAUGGAAAUGCCACAAACAUCAUUUUUUUAAAGUAACACUCUAUAGUAUAUACUAAAUAUAAAAACAUACUAUAAAUGUACUGUAUAAAAUCAUACAGAAAUAACAAUGGAUCGUUUUGGCUUAAUAUAAUAAUAAUUCAUAUAAUUGAAUGCUAAGAACAAUGUUGGCCCUCAAUGAUGUGAUAUUUUCUUAGCAGUUAAACCUUGUCAAUGUUGUAUCUGUGAUUGACACAAUAAAUUUAAAUAUGCCAUAUUGUAA